GCCUUCAUGUCAGACAACACUCGAGGAGGGAAACUGCCGCCUUUACGCUCACCGCCGCAGGAACUUUCUACAUGACGGCAGCAACUAUCGCGGAGCAUUACUAACGCCAGAUAAACUCGCUUUUACCGCGGGAUUACUGCCAGCUGAACGGGAUUUCAUAUCCUGGCAGUCGGGGUUAUGGAUUUUAACCUUCUGGCGGACAGCGAGGCCCGAAGCCCAGCACUGUCUCUCUCGGACUCCGGAACCCCUCAGCAUGACCCGGGAUGCAAGGGUCAGGACAACAGCGACACGGAGAAGUCGCACCAGAACCAGACGGACGAGUCCACCGCGGAGGACGGCUCCCUGAAGAAGAAGCAGCGGCGGCAGCGCACGCACUUCACCAGCCAGCAGCUGCAGGAGCUGGAGGCCACGUUCCAGCGCAACCGCUACCCCGACAUGAGCACGCGCGAGGAGAUCGCCGUCUGGACCAACCUCACCGAGGCCCGCGUGCGGGUGUGGUUCAAGAACCGGCGUGCCAAGUGGCGUAAGCGCGAGCGGAACCAGCAGGCGGAGCUGUGCAAGAACGGUUUCGGGGCGCAGUUCAACGGGCUGAUGCAGCCGUACGAGGACGUCUACUCGGGCUACACCUACAACAACUGGGCGGCCAAGGGCCUGUCCAGCGGCCCGCUGUCGGCCAAGAGCUUCCCCUUCUUCAACUCCAUGAACGUGAGCCCCCUGUCCAGCCAGCCCAUGUUCUCUCCGCCGCCGUCCUCGCUGCCCUCCAUGAACAUGGCGACCGGCAUGGUGCCCUCGGGGGUGGGGGGGGUGCCCGGCUCCGGCCUCGGUAACCUGGGCAACCUCAACAACCUCAACGGGGGCGGCGGGCUGAACUCGGCGGCGGUGGCGGUUUCCGCGGCGACGGGGUGUCCGUAUGCGGCGGCGGCCGCGGCAGCCUCGGCGGGGCCCUACAUGUACAGAGACACCUGCAACUCCAGCCUGGCCAGCCUGCGGCUCAAGGCCAAGCAGCACGCCAACUUCGCCUACCCGGCCGUGCAGAACCCCGUGGCCAACCUCAGCCCCUGCCAGUACGCCGUGGACCGACCCGUAUGA